CUACUUUGUGCGCUCGCAAGCGUAAUUUAAUCUUAUUAUCGGUUUUAGUUCGCCUCCGUCAUUGCUGACAUAAAGAGUUAAAAUAAAAUCGUAAAAAACUAUAUAAGAGUACAAGAUGUGUGGAAAAGUCGUGCUUAUUUUAGUUGUCUCCGUUUUGGGAGUAAUGAACGUUGGCGCGGAACUACAAAAACUCAAUCAUAACUGUGAAAUCCCAGCCACUGCACCGAAACGAAUCGAAGAAGUGAUCAACACUUGCCAGGACGAAAUUAAAAUCGCCAUUUUAUCAGAGGCGUUAGAAGCAUUCAAUGUACACGAGCAUAAGGUCAGCAGGACCAAGAGGUCGACCUUCAACGAAGAUGAGAAAAAAAUCGCCGGGUGCCUUCUGCAAUGCGUUUACCGUAAAAUGAAUGCCGUAAACGAAAAUGGCUUUCCAACAGUAGACGGCUUGGUUGCCCUUUACACUGAGGGAGUUACUCAGAAGGAAUAUGUUCUGGCAACAUUACAGGCUGUCACAAAAUGCUUAGGGACUGCACAGAAGAAGCAUUUCGUUACAUCGAAAGCUCUAGAAGCUGCAAAAUCUUGUGACGUGGCCUACGACGUCUUUGACUGCGUAUCCGAAGAAGUGGCCAAAUAUUGUGGACAGACCCCAUAAGCAUAAACAAACGCAUAUUAAAUAGCAUAUAGUUGAGAAAACUUAGUUUUUGUAUAUGGUUUAAUAGGGAAUUAUUUUUUCAGCACCUAACUUGCUAUAUAUUCGAUAUUAUCUAGUCAAAAAUUGUAAAUAAUGAGGCUUUUGUACCUAUUAAUAAAUAAUUUUCAGAUA